CGGAAGGGUACCUAGUCCUCACGUCUUCCCUCUCGUCUUCCCCGAGAACCCUAAAACAAAUUUGUAGGCCCCAAGAAACCCUACAAAGGUCAAAACACACGGCCCCUCUCCAUCUUCUCUCGCAGGGGUCUCCUUCUGCCGUCCCCAACUCCGGCGAAAUCCCUCGCUGCAACCAGUGCAACCCAGCUCAUUGAUGACAAAUGAUGGCCUCUGCCUGCGUAAACAAUGUCACCCUCCCGCCGGAAUCCUUCCCCCCAGCCAGCCAAUCAUCUUACGGCGUUCUCAGAACUAACAUCUCCCCUACCACGGUGGACGUCGUAGUUGCUAAUACAUCGCAUUCUGCCGUUUCGACGGUGGAUUCCUCCCGAAGCUCUGCGGAUCUCAUCGAUUUCGAAUUCCAUCUUGACGAUCCCGUCGCCAUGCUGCCCGCGGACGAGCUCUUCUCCGAUGGAAAGCUCGUGCCGCUCCAUCUGACAACGUUGCGCACCUCGGAAGGGGAGAAUCACUCCACGGGGUCGGAUGGGAAGCUGUGGUGCGGAACGGAGGUCGGAUCGAAUGAGUUAGUUUUCUCCCCGAAAGCACCGAGAUGCACGACGAGGUGGAGGGAGCUGCUUGGUUUCAAGAAGUUGCAGAACCCGAAGAUGCUUUCCGAUCAGUCGAAGCCCGCAUAUUCGCCGGAAGCUGCUACUCCUGGAAUAAUUGAGCCGAUACCAGUAGCGAAGAGCCCUAGGGGCAAAUCAUUCAGACAUCUUCUCCUCAACUACUCCAAGUCUUCAAUCGAUCCAUCGCUCAGCCUCCCCCUUCUCCACGACAGCGAAGCUGAGUCGGUGACAUCCUCCAUCUCCACUCGCCUCUCUAUUUCCUCUACUUCCUCUGGUCUUGACCACGAGGACCUUCCCCGUCUUUCCCGAUCCGGCGGGCGGCGGAACCCCGCCGCACUGGUUCCUGCGCGUGGGGUUUCCGUCGAUAGUCCGCGCAUGGACCCGUCCGGUAGGAUCAUAUUUCAAGGCCUGGAAAGAAGCUCAAGUAGCCCUGGAAGCUUCAAUGGCAGACCGAGGACUAAAUUCCGUGGAAUGGAGAGAUCCUUCUCUGCACACGUUAGGGUCCCUUCCGUGCUAAACGUUCCUGUUUGCUCCCUCAGGAGAUCUUCGAAGCCCGUCUCCCUGUUCGGAUUCGGUCAGCUCUUCUCCCACCCGCGGAAGGAUAGAGUAUCAUCGUCUUCCUCCCGGGCGGCGAUGCAGGCGGGGGGCCGCCGAUAA